AUGAAGCAGGACCAAGUGGGCCCCGGCUCGCCCUUGAGCGGGUCGCAGCCCAGCUCCGGCCCGAACACGGUGCGUUCUACGAUCCCUGAGGCGACCUAUUCUUUGAAUGCAGUAGGAAAAGUACCAGAAACUCGCCCUGCGCGUCUUAUCCUACGCCCUUAUGACGUCAACACUACAGGUUACACCACCAUGGCCCCCGUGCAGUCGUCUCAGUCAGAAUGUCUGAGGUUCUACAACGCGCAAAUGGCUCCUCCCGCUCCUUCCAAGCAACAACCGCAGCCCUGUUACCAAGCCUCGCUAGAAGAACCCCCCGUUAAAGGACAAACUGAAUAUUCUCAACCCAGCAAGCCCCUCGAUAGCGCGUUGCCUGCACUGCAGGAGCCGCCCCAGCGCAUGCCUAUGGGCGUCGGCCGCGGCACAAUGCCCGUAAACGCGUACGACUUUCCUCCCCCCUUGCUUGAAAACAAGUUUCAGAAGGAACAGAACUUUCUACGGGGCUGGAACAGAGUAGACCAUGCAGGGGCCGUCGCCACCUGUCGGAUGGAGCGCGUUCCUCUCCCCAUGCUAGAGCGCAUUCCCGGCGGCUCCGGCCGCAUUCAUCUUCAGGGGCCCCUGGUUAAGAUUAAGCUUCCCCAGGUUCCCUCUGUAGAGGGAGACCUCCGUCGCUUCUGUCAGCGGAUUUUGACGGCUUUCAGCGGAGCGGCUGACGACUGUCGCCGUCUCCUUGUCCCAUGCACUCAGAUGCGCCUCCCUAAGUUUGAGUGCAACGCCCCCCAACCCCCCGUGCUGCAGGAAUGCAGAAGCUGCGGCUACAAAGGCCAUUUUUGCCCCGAGUGCGGCUCUGGACCAAACGGUCGCAUUAUGGCUGCGGACGGGGCCCCGUUUGCGCGCGUUCAGCCAUCAAGAGGGGUACUAGUGGCGCAAGAAGGAUGCUUGGAAAGGUGCAUGCGGUGGCACUGCUCUCUGUUUGAGGAGGUGGGGGACGCCAUCGACCAGGAGAUUCUGUGUGACAGGGCGGGCAGCGUUUUCCGUGAGUGUGGAGAGUUUAUAGAUAACCUCGUGGCGGAGGGAAUCCACGCCAUUAGUUUCAACUGUGCAAGCAUCUGUGGCGCUAUUCCCCGGAGAAGCCACACUUUAGUCGAGGGCUACCCGAUGUACGAACCUGAUCCACAAUUCUUGCGCAAGGAGCGGCCGACAAGUGCAACAGGGAACGCCUGCGUGGACCAGCUUAACGCCUUCCUGGACGCCUGUUUAGCGGAACGCACCAAAUACAACCCAGAGUUGCCUCCUCCUCCCAUCCCAGAUACGCAGAAGACCGGCAACUGGCUGAUUGACGCCACCAACGCUGCACUAGACUACUGCCUACAAGAUCGCACACCACCGCCACCGCCCCCGCCCCGCAAGGUCUGCCCAUUGGAAAUGCUGAUUCCUCCGUGCUGCCGCGAGCGACCGCCAGUCGUGAUGCCUCCUCCGAAACAGCCAAUGUGCCCGCUUUUGGAACGCUGCAUGGGCCGUGACCGCGACUGUCCUCACUGCCACCAGCCUAUUCGUCCAUCUGGAGGCAAAUGCCCAAAAGAGCAAAUUGGUGGAUGCCAAAUCCAGUUUUGCCCUGCUCGUGAGCCUGAAAUUACCGUUGUCCCCACAGGCCCGGCCCUUGUGUAUCCUUACAGAGAAGAAGCAUUCCAAGUGAGGGAUCCGUCUGGCGUAGUAGAGGUGUUGGACGAUCAUGCGGAAGGAGUACAGCUCCCCCACAAGUUGGUCAUCACUGAGCCAGUGAUGUAA